AAUAGUUUUGCCUUCACUUUACAAUUUGACCAAAAAUAAACCAAGCGAAAGGGACACAGUUUCAUGACAGUUCCAGCAGUGGAAUGAAAUGAGAGUUGGAGGAAUCGAACGUCAAACCUACAAGUAGUGCACAAGAAAAAAAAUACUAUCUCGCAUUCGUCCUCUUCAAAUUGCUAGUGAUAAUGGGGUGUUGCAGUAGCAAAGCCGCAGAUACUAAAGCUACCCGCAUGGCGCGAUGGCGUUCAACUGGCAUAGUUGCUUUACGCGACUCCAAAUUGAAGUCUUUUCCUGAUGAAGUUAUUUCCCUGGAGAAAUCUGUACGCACCCUCGACUUGACACACAAUAAAUUGGUUCAAAUACCCAUGGAGAUCAACAAGCUAAUUAACUUGCAGCGUCUAAUUUUGGCUGAUAACCUUAUUGAUAAUCUCCCGGUGAACCUGGGAUUGCUUAAGUCUUUGAAAGUUGCAACACUUGAUGGGAACCGAAUCAGAGCAUUGCCUGAUGAAUUGGGCCAGUUGGUGAAGCUUGAGCGUUUGUCUGUCUCAGGAAACUUGUUAAUGAGCUUGCCUGAGACUAUUGGGAGCUUGCAGAAUUUGGUACUGUUGGACAUUUCAAACAAUAAGUUAAAGUUUUUUCCUGAAUCAAUUGGAAGUUGCUUCUCUUUGGAAGAAUUGCAAGCAAAUGAUAAUUCCAUUGAAGAACUUCCUGUAUCAGUUUGCAAUCUUGUUCAACUAAAAUCACUUUGCCUGAACAAUAACAAUCUCAAUCAGAUGCCUCUAAAUUUGUUAAGAGAAUGCAAGAGCUUGCAGACUGUAUCUCUGCAUGGAAAUCCGAUUUCCAUGGACCAAUUUCAACAGAUGGAUGGCUUCAAAGACUUUGAAAUCCGCCGUAAACAGAAGUUUGAUAAACAAAUAAACUCAAAUGUAAUAAUCAGUUCUAAAGGGCUUGAUGAGGGUGUUGAUUUGUGAUUCCUCUCCACUCCGCACAAUCUUGUUAAUCUCAGGUUUACUCUUUUUUGCUUAAAAAAACUACAUAAAUCAUUCUUUGGAGAAAAACAACCAAAUUCCCAAAUUCAUAAACCCCCAAAUUAAAUAUCUAUGAGCUUGUAUGGUAAGGUGAGACCCUCCUCUUAUUGGAAUCUAAUUACUUUAAGUCACAAAUAUUAUUUUACGAUGAAAAUUUGUUUCUUU